UGGCGACUUCAGAAGUCGACGACAACGAGUUACCGAAUGAAAUAAUCACUUCUUUGGAAGAUUUUUACCGCUCUAUGAAUACAGUUGAAGAGACUUUAGAUCCUCUUCUUUGUACUUCAAGUGAAGAAACACACGAAAAGUUAAAUGUAUUAGAUCGAGCGAAGUUGGAUCUUAUGAUGGUUUAUGCCGUGAAUUCGAUGUUUUGGAUUUAUCUGAUUACUCAAGGAGUGAAUCCCAAGGACCAUGGCAUAAAACAUGAGCUGGAUAGGGUAAAAGACUACAUGAAGAAAAUUAAAGAUGCAAGUGACAAAAAGAAAGCUUCCCUGAAGAUUGACAAAGCUGCAGCGAGACGAUUUGUUAAAGGUGCCCUUGCUAACCCAGCAGCUUCAGGCAGUGGAAAGGACAAGGUGAAGAAGGCAAAGCGCAAAAAGGAGUUGGCGUCUGGAAAAAGGAAAAAGAAAAAGGCAGAAUAGGUGGGAAAUUGAUAGCACUGGGAAGCAAUCAUUUUCAUGGAGAUAAAUGUUUUGGAUGGACAUUCUGAGUGAACCCAAGAUUAAAAAAUCCCAUGGCACUUGGUACAGUGCAAUUUCAAGAAUCAA